ACUGUCACGGGUCCGUAUCGACUCACCAAACUAAACUCUAUAAGACUCGCUAUUGUCUUCUCUCCCCAAACUAACGUUGGAGACAUUUUCUCUCUCUACAAUGGCGGCUUCUUCUCUCUUUCAAUCCUCCUCCCCCUUCUCUCUUCGCUCCCAACCCAAACCCACCUACCGAAACCCUAGAAUCACCCACCAUUACCUUCCCAUAAGAGCCUCCGCCUCACCCGACCACUCCCCCACCGCCGACGCCACGCCGCCACCUCCACAACCACUCAUCAAACACCGCCGCCCCGCCGACGAGAACAUCCGAGACGAGGCUCGCCGCCACAAUCACCACAACCUCCACGGCUUCUCCGCUAAGUACGUCCCCUUCAACGCCGAUCCCAACUCAACUGAGUCGUACUCGCUCGACGAGAUCGUCUACCGGAGCUCCUCCGGCGGCCUUCUCGAUGUCCAGCACGACAUGGCCGCGUUGAAGAAAUACGACGGCCAGUACUGGAGAUCACUGUUUGAUUCACGGAUUGGGAAGACGACCUGGCCUUAUGGGUCUGGGGUUUGGUCCAAGAAGGAAUGGGUCCUUCCGGAGAUCGACGACGACGACAUCGUCAGCGCUUUCGAGGGAAACUCGAACCUUUUCUGGGCCGAGCGUUUCGGCAAACAGUUUCUGGGCAUGAACGAUUUGUGGGUCAAGCACUGUGGUAUUAGUCACACCGGUAGUUUCAAAGAUUUGGGCAUGACUGUUUUGGUCAGCCAAGUGAAUCGGCUGCGGAAAAUGAAGCGCCCUGUGGUCGGCGUUGGUUGUGCGUCGACAGGCGAUACCUCUGCGGCGCUAUCAGCCUAUUGCGCCGCCGCGGGAAUACCAUCCAUUGUGUUUCUACCAGCGAACAGGAUAUCAAUUGCUCAAUUGGUUCAACCAAUUGCGAAUGGGGCUUUUGUGUUGAGUAUCGAUACAGAUUUUGAUGGGUGUAUGCAGCUAAUUCGUGAAGUCACAUCUGAAUUGCCAAUCUAUUUGGCCAAUUCUUUGAACAGUUUGAGACUUGAAGGUCAGAAAACGGCUGCGAUUGAGAUUCUGCAGCAAUUUGAUUGGGAAGUGCCGGAUUGGGUGAUUGUUCCUGGUGGAAAUCUUGGGAAUAUAUAUGCAUUCUAUAAGGGUUUCAAAAUGUGCCAAGAAUUGGGACUCGUGGAUCGAAUUCCACGGCUUGUUUGUGCUCAAGCUGCAAAUGCCAAUCCGCUUUACCUCCAUUACAAGUCAGGGUGGGCCGAUUUCAAAGCCGUAAAAGCUAAUACUACUUUUGCCUCUGCAAUACAGAUUGGUGAUCCUGUCUCUAUUGAUAGGGCUGUUUUUGCUCUGAAAAAAUCUAAUGGGAUUGUCGAGGAGGCAACCGAGGAAGAAUUGAUGGAUGCCAUGGCUCAAGCAGAUUCAACUGGCAUGUUUAUAUGCCCUCACACCGGGGUUGCACUGACUGCAUUGGUUAAGCUUAGGGACAGUGGGGUUAUUCGGCCUACAGAUAGAACCGUAGUGGUGAGCACAGCUCAUGGACUGAAGUUUACGCAGUCAAAGGUUGAGUAUCACUCGAAGGAUAUACCGGAGAUGGCCUGUCGUUAUGCCAAUCCGCCAGUGCAAGUGAAGGCAGAUUUUGGAUCGGUUAUGGAUGUUCUGAAGAAGUAUUUGGAAAGCAAGGAUUCAAAGAAAUAGUCCCUUCUAUGAGCAUUGUAAGCAUUGCUCAUUUUUCUCCAUAUGUGGUUUAGCUAUAGUUGUUGUUUCAUGUGCUUUGUUAUUGAAUGAUUUCUUUUUGUAGUAUUGGGAGCUGCUUCAAGAGCUCAGUAAUUGGUAUUGUUAGGAGCUGUGUUGAGUUUUGACUGUAUGCUAGACCAGAGAGGAUUGAUUGUAAGGCAACAUUUUCCAUUUUGAGAGAAGUUUAUUGUCCAUUAAAAAGCCAGGAGGAAGUUUUGGCUUAUAAAUUUUGAAAUUGCUUUCUAAUUGCUGGCUAUGGUUUUGGCUGUUGAUAGUUUUGGCCUAGAAGGAUAAUGUAUGGUCACCAUUUUUCUGUUGCUUUCUUCAUAUGAAAAUGUCAUUUAUUGA